AUGGAUAGUAUUAUUAAAACAGAACUACAAGAAGAAGAUGCGGAGGUCAGCUUGGAAAUUAAUGGACAACAUCAGAAACAGAUUGACGUGAAGCAAGAGGAGGAUAUAAACUGCUUUCUUAAUGGCCAAGAGUUUACUAUGAAUGAAGGACGGGAUUCCUGUCGGAUGCAAAGAAAACGCAAAUCUGAUAGUGAUGCCAACAACUUGAAUUACCAACUUUUAAAUCAACAUCAGCUUAGUAACAUUACAAUGCCACCCGGCACCACAAUAGUUUUUCUACCAUUUGUAAUACCUUUAGCCUCUUCAAACGGUUACAGCACGGAGUCUGUUUCAAAUGAAAACCGACACAGUGCUAAGAGAAGAAAAGGUAACAAUCCCACAUUACAAGACAUUGUAGUAAUAAGUGAUGACGAAGAAAAUCACCUUUUCAAUGAAGAUUUAAGCUUAAAUCAGGAGUCCAAUUGUAGAAUGGAAAUAAACCGAUUCGGCAAUGAUAGCAAUAACUUAUCAGACACGCAUCAUCAAUCAAUUGGUGCAGCGACAGUUUCUUCAAAUAGUGGUCAUUUGGGUGGUCGUAAAUCAACAAUGGACAAUGUGAAUUUCCACCGUUUACCUGAGCUUAAGCAAGAAGCUGAAAUUAACUGUAUGCUUACAGACCAAGAUUUUAGUAUAAAUGAAGCACAAAACUGUAGCAUGCAGAGACACGGCGAAGAAAUUGGGUCACCCUUGGAUCAAACCGGCCAAGUUUCAAAUGAUGCCACUGUGGCACAAAUGUCGACUGUUUCAGAUGAGCAACACUUGAAUGAUGAACAAUGCGAAAACACAGUUGUUGAAGACGAGAAUUUAACUUCGAAUAUCGGCCAACGAGUUAAAUGCCAUCACUGUAGCUUUACAACGAAAUGGAAGACCAGCUUAAUCAAGCAUAUAGAAGGACGUCAUCGUUUGUACGAAUUUAAUUGUGCUCAUUGUAGUUUCACGACGAAUACAAAGUGGAACAUAAUUAGCCAUAUUCAGUUUCUUCAUCCCCACGAUUCUUUAGAAAAUUUGAAAUGUGACAAGUGCAAAUAUACCACGAAGCGAAAGAAGGGGUUAAUGUUACAUAUGCUUACUGUUCAUGGUACGAAACGGUAUCGUUGUCAACAGUGCAGCUUCACUACAAAAUAUAAGUCAUGUUUAAGUAACCAUGUGAGGGGACGUCAUGGUGCGGAGAAAUAUUAUUGUCAGCAGUGUAGUUUCGUCACGAAUGCGAAAGCUAAUUUGGCAAGGCAUGUGCGUGGACAACAUGGUACGGAAAAAUAUGACUGUCAACAGUGCACUUUCACCACGAGGAAUAGAAGAAAUCUAAGCCGUCAUGUGAAAAUGCAUCACUGUAAAGAAGGAAUUCCAUUGUCCGCGGAAAGAACUUUGACCAGUUGA